UAAAUUUUGCCUUGUCGAACGGUACAGGUAACAGUACAUGUAUCUAAAUUAUUAUUACGAGUACCCAAAGUGUGUCUUCUUAUCCUCUCUUAUUGUUUCCGGACGGAAUACUUGGAAAAACUUAUCCUCGCGUUAGCUCUCGCGAUUCUGAAACCAUUGUCUGCCAUUGGUAUAUUUGCUUUGAAUAUUAUUAGGGAUUUAUAGUUUUUCCUACCUAUUAUACAGUUAUCGCGAAAAGUUAGAAUUACCAAUUGUGACAUUGAAUCGCUUUAAUCUUUAAAAUUCUGGAUAUUCCUCGAGUUUUGAGUCUUCUAACACUUUUCUCCUGCAUUUCGAUUGGCAGUUCACGGUAACUUCCUUGAGUAACUCCCGAAUGCGAAUGCGAAGCGCUCUCACCUUGAAAGGAAAACUCCAAGUCCCAUGCGAGUUCAGUCCUUUGUUGUUUACAGAACUGUACACAAGCAAAGUAUUGCCGCCGAAACGUAAGAGGCCGAGUUAUAAUGUUGUGAAGGCCAUCGGUUAACAGAGUUUGACGAGGAGAAAGUAAUAAUAAUAAUAAUAAAAAUACACCGCCUGAGUGAGGAAUAGGAAUGAAGAAUAAGAAUUGCGUUUUCUUAGUUACUCGAGAGUGGUAUAAACGUUUCGUUAUAAAAAAAGAGAUACACCGAGCUUGUUUUUCUUAAGGAGAAAAAAAUCGAUCUCUUGAAAAAAAUGACAUCGAGAUCCGUUCGUCUCCGCCUAAGUUUCGUCGGGACGUGUCUGUGGGUGAUGUUGACGAUGCGAGAAAUUCAAGGAUAUCCGUACCGACAACUAUUCUGGAAUUCGUUGUACAACAAUCAGAUAAGGCCGAUGAGCAACGCGGCGCAAUUCCCGAGGUACUAUCCUUACGUACAGUAUCCGUACCGAUUCCCGGGCGCGCCGAUCCUCGGUAAUGUGCAGUGGCAACCGUACGCUUAUAAUCCUCAGCUUCGAAAGGAUCAAAGACCGACGGGUAAUGGCCGGUGGAUCAAUUCGGGAAACGGAUUCGCUAGUGGAUUCGCGGGCACGAUUAAUUUUCAACCUGUUAUGCCGAUGAUCGUGUUCCCAACGACACCCCAGCAAGCGACAUUUCAGCGAGAACAGGAAACUUCGCGGUGGAACGAGAAAGCAGCGCCCGUUGAGAUUGAGAAAAAUAAAGAAUCGUCGACGGAUCGUGUUUCCUCGACGACCGAGUGUUCGGUGUUUCAAGAAACGACGCAGCCUCAACAAGCGGAAGAGAAUCUGCGAGAAGAAUCUCCGGGCGGGCCGGUCGAGCUGGACCGUGAAUCGGUUCCUCCCGCCUGUCAAGGAAAUUGCGAAAACGCUGGCAAAGACGAUAUCUCAAUCCUAAUUGAGGAAGCCCUGCGGAACGGCGAGUUGUUACGUUCCGACGAGUGGAUCAGAUGGCAGAACGCGAUGAAGCGGAAAAGCGAGCGGCAAGAGGAAGAGGACACGCGAAAGGAAUCGACGAGCGGUCCGGCUGAGCUCGACCGUGGACCGGCGUCGUCCUGCCGAGGGGAUUGCGCGGAUAAUUCUGGGAGCGACACCUCGAAGAUCAUCGACGAGAUCCUGGGCGACGACGAAUGGCUCGGGAAGCAGGAUGCCGCGAGGAGAGACAAGAAGAGGACGAGGAAACCGCCCGACGAGCGGGAGCUGUACUCGGGCCCGGCUCCCGUCUGCAGCAAUUCGACGUUCUGCGUGCACGCGACCGACUAUCCGGAGGAGCUGGUGAACCGGGCGAUCCGGCGGAACGACGGCCUCAGGCUGCUGCAGAGCGUCGACCCGGUGUCCGAGGUCGGCGACAGACUUGAGUUCGACGAGCUGAACGACUCGCCGUUCUGCGGCUCGUACACGCGGCUGAUCUAUCCGCGAUCGGCGGAGACGAUGGACCGGCGCUGGCUCUUCGUCGUCAAUCAGGACAAUCUGCGGCAGGGCGUGCGCAUCGAGGUUUGCGCGAAGGAGGGCAGCGUGUGCGGCGACCUCGACGACUAUCUGCCGGGCGGUUACAGGGCGUUCUGCAAGCAGAAAUACAUCUAUCGGGAGCUCGUGGCGGUGGACGAAGACGGCAUCGUGAAGAAGGAAACCUUUAGAUUCCCGUCCAGCUGCUGCUGCCACCGGGAGUUCAGAUGAUCCGCGACUGAGAGUGAAGCGCGAAUGAAUGAGGAACGACGAGUCGAUCUCUCCACGUUCUUACGCUCAACUACGCCUAAUGAAUUCCAAAGUAAUAUUCGAAAAUUUAUUUUCGAAAGUAACUGUCGAAAGUUUAUUUUCAACAUGUGCCUGUCGUGUGUCUGUUAGUGUUAGAAUUUAACAUUUAUAAUUAUUUCGAUUACGCUAGUUGUCCGACUCGAGGGACCUUCCGCGGCACAGGAAUAUUCUAUGCACCCUAUAGAGCGUCGUAAUCUUCGAUAAGAAAUGUAAAACGAAUCCUUGAAUCGUCACGGGAUGAAAAAUGUCGUUCGAACGAGCAUUUCGGUGAGGAAUGCAAUUUCUCGACAGCCUUACGUUUACUUUCGUUUUUAAUUCUCUUGCGUCGUUUUUACUGCAGUGAUAUUUACCGUGCGAUAUAAUCACUCCGAGUAAUCUCUAAUCAUUUACUUUUCCGAGGUCGACUGGGGAUAAAUGGGACAGCGAUCCUUAAAAAAUUCCAAACAAGUCAUUUUAAUUAAUUAUCGCCGCUUAACGGUAGAUUAUUAAAUCUACAAAAUAAGAUUCAGGUGAUUAGUUAUCGAUCCUUCGUCAUUGGGCGACUCGUUACCAUUUAACAUUUAUCGGAGAUCUCAGUCGACCCCGCUCGAAUCCCGCGAAUCUCUCGUAAUUUGUAUUUAAAUUUUAACCCGUGACCUACGAAUGUAAUUUUACACGUAAACUGUAAAGGGACGACCUCGGCGAUCUUUUUCUGUUUCUGAUUGUGAGUCGAAAGGAAAAACGCGACGAGGCUUCUGCGUUUAGCGUAGCGAAGAGCUAUUUAGUGGCUUUGUCCGCGAGUCUCUCGCCGUUCUCCGAAUGACGACUGAAUGAGGCGAGCGUGGUGUGUAUAACGUGCUGAUGAUCCUUGGAUAUUGCUGAACCAGAACGACGACGACGAUGCGCGAAACUCGUCUCGUCGGCCGAACGAAUUCUCGACGAGAGAAUGGAAGGGAAGCGCGAUGGAAAUAAAUCGCGUUUACGUUACCUAUCGGCGCCGGGACUGGACGGGGGUGGGAGCGGGAGGAAAGCACCGUGGAAGAAAUAUACCGUGUAACUCGAAUGCAAAUAACGUAACGUCUGACAGGCGGCUCUAAAUAUCGCGGGUCACGCGAGACCGCGAGAGCGCGUUGUACGCGAGAUGCACGCGCGUUAUACCUUCUUUCGAAUUGAGACACGAAUGUGAAGUCUCCUUCCGAUAUACACUCGGCUGCGUGUACGCCUCGAAACACACCGUCCAGUCCUGUCGCGCGCUGAAUUUAUACAUACACGAUCUGACCUGUAGUGAGAUGGAUGAGAGUUGAAGGGAGGAAGGUUUAAGGAGCGUGUAGAGAGUGGCUGCGUUCGGGGAGACACUAUUAGUGCUAUUUGUGUCAUUCUAUCCUUGUUUUAUACCUGGUGAACGAUAAAGAUAGAAUGAUGACACAGAUAGCGUCUCCUCCCAAACGCACCCAGUGCGAAUGAAAGAGAGAGAGAGAAAGGAAUGAGAAAGCGAUUAUCCAGAUUGUAUUGAUCCGCCACUUUGUAGCUUAAUUCCUUAAGAUAAGCCGGCCGGGAUCUCGCGGGAGCGUCUCCGCUGCGAAAGUCGCGUCUCGUUAAGAAGUCGACAGAAGCGAGUAACAGGAUGGAGGGACGUCUAAUCUCUCUCUCUAUGCGGCACGAUUAUUAUAACGGAGAGUCCAGGGUUUAUUUUCUUACGGCACACAUUUCUGUCGCGCGCGAUCGACUUGCGGCACCACCGCUCAUAAAUAUUCGCCGUUUACAACCGCGCCGUACAACUUGCAACAGUCUCCUCCGCACAUUCCAGACCGCAGCUCCGCCGUAGAAUUUUCGGUUGCGCUUAUCUACGUUGAUCCGUACAUCAAAAAACGUUUCUUUUUUCACGUCUGCGUUAUCGCCUUCUCUUUGAGAAACACGAGAAAGGGAUAAACGAAUAUUUGUGAGCGGUGUAUCUUUUGAACGGCAAGCGCGCGACCUGCGCGAGAGCCCGGCGUAUCUCGAUCGUUGGGCAGCUCGAGUCACACCUGAUUGCCUGAUUGCGAUAUUGAACGUUGCUCUCCUUCUCACGAACACACACACGAGACACACUACAUAUGCGUACACACAUGCACACACAUACUCUCCUUCUUCGAUUCACGCUAUCGUUGAACGAGCCUGUGGCCGGUACGACUUCGUGAUACGCGAAGGAACACCCGUGAAAUCGACAUCGCAUUCUGUGAAACUGUCAAAAGGUCGACUUUUUGACAGGCACAUUUUACCUCCCCCACCCCCUGCAGAGACUGCCAUUAGAGUUAUCGUUAAGAUGAUAAUUAACCAGGUAUAGGGGAAUUGAGCUCGCUUUAUCCCUCUUCCACGACCGCUGCUCUUUGAGAUACAUAUAUUCGAUUUUGGUCAUUCAGAUAUUCGAAUAUUAUUGAUUCCCCGCGUUAAAGCGGCCCUCCUCUCGCAUAUCAUUCGAUAUAUUAUUAUUGCAUCGUGAUCCCGCGAUCCGUAUAGCGUCGCAUCGGUGCGCAGGAUGGGACGGCGGAGUUGCACCGGGCAACUCUCCGUCCAGGAGCUCCCCCGUGUCGCGCUUCUCGUAUCCGCAGGCCCGCGAAGGGUGGCUCGGUUGAAAAGAGAAGGUUAAGCGCAUCCUGCAUUGUGACAUAUCAUUUAUUCUCGCGCAAUAUUAUUAUAGACGGCAGAGGAAAAGGAAAAAUAGCUGCGCGCAACGCCGCACCCGAUCACCGUGCGGGGACCGUUUAAGGGGGACAACUGUGAUAGCCGCGUCCAGCUUCGAGAAGGAGCAACGUUCCACUCCGUUCUAUUUGCGUCUGUUAAUUAAUUCGUCUCCUGCCUGAUUCGCGCGCACGACGAGAUAGACGGGAGACGCGACGUCUCCACACAACACAGUAUCGCCGAGGAAUUUCGUAAAGCGACGUAAAAUAACUUCUGUUUCGUCUACCGAGAGUUUAUCGAGGGUCUCACUUGCCAGCGUUAUUUGUUCUCUUUUUUUUUUAUCGUUCAAGCAACGCCUUCCCUCUUUGAACUCUCUUUAAACGUUUUUCCGUCUGCGGACAAGACACUGCAAAAAAAAAAUCAACGGAUAAUCCUUUUUUCUUUGAUCGCAAAAUCAAAUUUCUAAUCCUCGUAGUUUUGAAUUCUAGUCCUUCUUUCCAAAAGAAAAGGAAAAAGCGGAAUGUCGAACGUGGAAUAGAAAAAAAGUAUCCAAUGUGUAUACUUUUUACGAAUUUAUAGGUUUUAUGAAUUUUAAAUAAAUUAUCUCGGAUGGAUUUCCGGAUUCCCGGCGAAUCCCCCGAUCUUUUUUUCCUCAUGUAUCCGUCGCAGGAUCGUUUAAAAAUGUAUAAUAUGUCGUCGUCGCGUUGUACAUUUGACGCGUAUACGAAUAUACUUUAGAAUCGAGCAGCCCGACGAUCAUGAUCUUCAAUUCUAUAUAUAUAUAUAUAUAUAUACAUACAUAUAUAUAUAUUUCUUGUAUGAGCAAUCGCGUCCGUGGCGUGGAAAAACAGGCGAAGAUAACUUUGCGUGACGAAAAUGCAAAAGAGAAGUCGUUUUUACAUUACUCGUUUCGAAUAACGAAACUGGAUUUUUGGCUCGCAGUUCUUUUCUUCCGCGGCAUGGACGCGAUAUUUUAUGAGAAUACGAGAGAAAGAAAGUGAGAGAAUGAGAGAAUGGACAAGACGUUGUGCGACAUGGAAUAUCGAGCCUGAGACUGUAUAAUAAUUAUAAAUAAAUGUAUACGUUAAGACCAAGAGAA